AUGCCCGUCUUCACGGAAUAUGCUGCCGCAUCUCGCGAGCUACGCGUCCUACCCUCCUUCGCACCGCCACUACCACGGCUCACGCCAACCAUAAAAUCAGGAGGCAAGACAGAGAAGUAUGAGGUAGUCAUUGUCGGAGCUGGUCCGGCCGGACUCAUGCUCGAGCUCUUGCUGGCCCGAUACGGAUUAAGCGACGAGUCCCUGCUGUGCGUGGACGCGAAGCCGACCACAUUGAAGUCAGGCCAAGCCGAUGGCCUUCAACCGCGGACAUUGGAGGUACUGAAGUCGCUUGGCCUCGUGGAUGAGAUCUUAAGCGAGGGAUGUCAAAUGUGGCAGGUGGCGUUUUGGAACCCGUCGAACAAAAAGGACAAGAUCAUCGAGCGUACUUCGAUCGUCCAAGAUGUCGCUGUACCUGCACGAUUUCCCCACGAAGUCACAAUUCACCAAGGCCGAAUUGAGCGGAUUCUGGCAACAGACCUGCUUCGCUACUCAAAACGAGGGGUGCAGCGGAAUACCAAACUCAUCGAUGUGAAAAUUGACGAGGCGGGAGAUGCGGAGUUCCCUGUAUUGGUCGAGAUAGAGACGGAGGGUCAACGGCGCACUGUUCGCUCAAAAUAUGUGGUGGGUGCCGAUGGCGCCCAUUCGGUGGUUAGACGAUCCAUGGGACUCAAAUUGGAGGGCGAAUCCCUGGAUCAUAUUUGGGGUGUAGUCGACUUGACUGUGGACACAGAUUUUCCCGAUAUUCGCCGGCGCUGUGCUAUUCAUUCGCCCGCUGGCUCGGUCAUGGUGAUUCCGCGCGAGCGCAUUGCGACUGGCGACUACUUGACACGACUGUACGUGCAAGUGCCGGGCGACGUUAAACCGGACCAUGAUCAACAAGUGACGGAUGAUACAAGUACUCCGCCGACGGCCGAUGCAAGGGCCCGUCGAAGUCAGGUUACAGAAAAGACCAUAUUUGAGCAUGCAGCAGCCGCAUUCAAGCCUUAUUAUAUUCGGCCAAAGGAAGGCGGUGCCGUGGAUUGGUGGGCUGCUUAUCAGAUUGGUCAGCGUGUCACAGACAACUUCUCCGUCAAAGAUUCAAAGGGUGUAAACAGGAUCUUCAUUGCAGGAGAUGCCUGUCACACGCAUAGCCCAAAGGCGGGCCAAGGCAUGAAUGUCUCAAUGAUGGACUCAUACAACCUGGCUUGGAAGCUAGCUUAUUCUAUCCACGGACUGACACCUGCAAGUGCUAGCGGAUACACGGACCCUCUCCUUGACACAUAUCACACUGAACGUCACACUAUUGCACAGGAGCUGAUUGAGUUUGAUCGUGCAUUCUCAUCAAUGUUCUCUGGAAAGAUCGGUGCUUCCGAGGACGGCGUUGGAGGGUUGACCCAUGAAGAGUUUCUCGAGGUAUUCAGCCGAGGCAACGGCUUCACUAGUGGAUGCGGAGUCGAGUAUCCUGAGAAUGUGGCAGUGAGCCGCUCUCUAGAGUGUGGUAAUAACCCAAUUAGCGGUACAGAUUAUCUGUCUGGAAUUUUGCGACCCGGUCGAAGACUGCUGAAUGUGCGGCUAGUUCGGCAUGCAGAUGGUAAUAGGCGUGAUCUCCAAGAUGACUUUGCAUCUACUGGUCGCUUCCGGAUUUUGUGCCUGGCUUCCUCGGACCUCUUGGACCCACAAGGGAUCUCCUCCCAGACACUCGUUGCGCUUAGUGCCAUUACCACACAGUUUCCCCAGUCGGUUUUGGAGCAAGUAGUCAUCCACCCACGCUUGUCGAGGGAGUUCAUGUGGAAUGACAUCCCGCACGAAGUGAAGCAACAUGCAGAAAUGUCGUUUUACAGUGGAUAUGAAAUGGAUGAUGUCUACGGUAUUUACGGUGUUGACCCAGCCAAGGGGGCACUGGCUGUCGUUCGUCCUGAUGGGUAUAUUGGAAUUAUUUCCGAUCUGGCCAACGUGAAGCGUAUAGAGAACUACCUGAGUGGAGUGAUUCGCAGAGUUGAGGCAUGA